AUGAUUCGCAUUCCUUUCUUACACAGCUACAAGGGUGUCGACUUCCUCGACGCCACCGCCAACAUCUCAAUCUGGUCCAAUGUCGAAGCCGGCCUCGGAAUCACCGCAGGCAGUCUGGUAAGUCUUCGACCACUAUUCCACUGGUUCCGCGAUCCCAGCUCGAUGGGAGGAAGCAAGAGCAACAGCACACGCACCGACAGUGUGCCUCUUUCAGGCGUCAACGGAGAACGCUCCACCGCAUCCAGCCCACAAUACUGGCGACCAGACCUCAACCGGGAAGACCACCAUACGGUGAUCACGACGAUUCACACCUCGAAUGGAUCAGAGGCUAGCCGAACGAGUAGCCAAGAAGAUCUGGAUCCGACACACGGUAGCACAUUCUUUCAGGGAGUCAAUGUUCAAAAACCGUUUGAUCUUUCGGAAGAUCAGACAUCGUAA